GCGUAUUUCGGCGCAAUCCGAUUGCGGAUCCUCUAGAAUAUGUGUUUUCCCCGCAAACAACCGUGUCACUGCUCUCUGUUCUACAUUUUCUGAUCCUUUCUAUCCGAACAACCCAGAAAAUCCUCUAAUGGAUUUCUUCAGGUCCGUUUUCUCAGAUGAAGCGGAUCCUCCAAAGUCCGAAUCCGUCGAAACCGAGAACAAAGAAUGCCAAGAGCCAGAUCCGGAUCCCCCAUCCAACCAACCCGGUUCAGAAACUUUUGGUGUCGACGGCGGCGGAGUUGGCGGGUGGAGCUUCGGCGGUCUGAUCAAAACCUUAGCGACCAGAUCCGAGUCGGUAAUUGAGACCUACCGGCGCGACUUGAAGGAAUUCGGUUCGGGCCUGAAGAAGGAGAUCGAGGUUGCUCAGGGGUCGUUGGAGACGGUGAGCCACAAAAUCGAUGAGAUUGGGACCAACGUGAUUAAAGGGACGGCCCAGAUCAUCUCUCAAGGUAAGGACGCAAUCCUCGUCGACGGUCAUGAAUCCGAUUCCUCUGAUACCAGUAAUAACCAAUAUAAUAGCACUCAACAGAGCUUGAAUUCGAAACGUUACAGUAGGUUUGAUGCUCAGGUUCGUGCAAUUCAGGGUGACACUAGCACAUACUGUGAGGAACCCGAGGAUUUGGAUGAUUAUAACAAAUUUAAAUUAGGGUUCGUGUUAGAUGAAAAAAGUGAAGAAAUUGAUGGCUUGCUUGAAGAAAACACAUCCAUGAGGAGUAUUUACGAGAAGGUUGUCCCAGAUACCGUUGAUCGCCAAACUUUUUGGUGUAGAUACUUUUUUAGGGUUCAUAAGCUUAAGCAAGCCGAGGAUUUGAGAGCUAAGCUUGUGAAGAGAGCAAUUUCCAGAGAAGAAGAAGAGGAGGAGCUGAGUUGGGAUGUUGAUGAUGAAGACGAUGACGAUGAGGGCAAUGUCGCCCCCAAAUUGGUCACAGCCAAAAGUAGGGAAUUGGGUAGUGAAGAUGACAGUAAAGUUGCUAAGAAUGUAGAAUCGAGUUCCUCUAAUGUGGAAAAAGUGGGAAGUGUUGGUGAAGAUGCUAACGUGGAUUCAAAGCGUGUUUCAUCUGCCAACACUGAAAAGAUUGUGAAGGAAGACAAUCCUGUUGAGGAACCAUCUGGUAUUGUUGAUGAGAAGGAAGAGAAAAGCUCUAACUUGGAUAAGGGGAUUGAUGGUAAUGCUGUGAAACCAAGUGAGGAAAAGGACUCCAAACAGAAAGUGCACUUGGAAGAGGAUUCUGGGGUCAGUAAGAAAGAUUUGGUAUCGAAAUCCGAUGAUAAAGUGGCUUCAGAUGGGAAGACAGAUAGUGAUGUUUCAGUAGUCUCGAGCCAGCGAUCAAUGCAUGAGGAGGAAGACCUUGGGUGGGAUGAGAUUGAGGAUCUUAGCAUCAUUGAUGAGAAGAAAACUACUCAUAGUGGAAGUCCUGACAGAGCUGAGCUGCGAAAGCGGCUAAGUAGUGCUGCAGAAGAUGACGAAGACUUGAGUUGGGAUAUCGAAGAUGAUGAUGAACCAACUAAAGCUUGAUACAACAUAUGCAUUUAGAUCUUUACCUUCAAGAUGUACUGCAGUUGGAACCUAUUUUUCUCCAGCAUUGUCUCUGUAAGAGUGUUAAAAGGUUGGGGAAGAUUUUAAAUUUUUUUUUUUUCCCUCUUUUUCAUCAGUUGGUUUUAAAUGCAUAAAUGUCUUUUAUUUUGUGAAAUUAGAAGUUACUUUGUCAAUAAUUAUAUUCCUUUUUCAUUUAUUUGUGACAAAUACCAUGAUCUAGUUCUUAAAGAUGAUGCCUCAUUUAUGGCUUGGCUAUUUAUUGAUUCUGUACUGUAAAAUGCCUGUACGUUGCACUUAAAGUUUGCAACUCUGAGAACAUACUUGUGAAUCCUUAAAUGGUUUCUCUUUGAUUCA